CGUUUUCAGUGUUGUCUCGGAUGCAGCGUCGUGCGGAAGCAAAAAUUCCCGUGAACCACGGUCACGGCGUUCGGGUCGGUGUUUGUGAGCUAAGCAGAGGCGGUCCACGGCCCGUAUGAACUAGCUGCCUGCUGCUCGUACGUAACCGAUAACGAUCAAGCAAUUGGAAACAAAUCAAAUUAUCGAUAACAUCGGGUCGGAAAAAGAAUCCGGGAAAAUCGAGUUCGUUCUCCUGGGUUUGUCCCGCGGGAGAAAUGACUUGUCGGGCGAUAUGAUUUAGUGGCAAAUGAAAGGUGGAAAACUGCUGGAAACUAGUGAUGUGUGCUACUUCGAUGAUAGUGAAUCAAUGCAUUGCGUUUGUGAGCGGGUGAAUGAGACUUCGUUUACAAGGUGAUCGUGCUUUGGCGAGUGCAAGUUAGUGGUUUCGAAAAUCUUCCGACAAAGUAAAAAUAUAACUUACAUAAUUCACCAAAAAACCAACAGCAAAACAAUUGAAAAAGUGCACGAAAUAGCUGAAGAUAGAAUGCAUAUAACUAGCCUGGUGUAUCAAUGAUCAUACUCGAAUCGUCUAGCUGCUAGUGUUCUUGGUGGAAUUGUUGCAAGAAACAAAUAUAGAAGCUUAUGAAUGUGCUUCUAUCCCAACAAAUAAUUUCUCGCGACUUUACGCGUUUCUCUCAGUGCAGUUGAAGAUCGUGAUCGUGUCACAGUGCAUUUGAAGAUCGUUUGUAACAUUUGACCGUGGUCUGACGUGCGGUGAAAGUUUGAGAUACUAGCGCAUCUUGAUCCACUCUAGCAAGGAUGGCCCCCUUUGACAGUGCGGGGGCCUUCCUAACGAUGGCCUCCCUGUUGCCGGUGAAAUUGUUGCUGAUUGGGCUGUUGGCUCACGGUGGACAGGGGAGUCCUGCGCCCUCAUCAAACACGGGAAUGGUUGCGAACGCCGUGCUGGAAGAUCCAGAAUUUACGGAUGUCAUAGAGAACAUAACUGUGCCAGCGGGACGCAACGUGAAGUUGGCAUGCUCGGUGAAAAAUCUCGGGUCGUACAAGGUUGCCUGGAUGCACUUCGAACAGUCGGCCAUCCUGACCGUGCAUAAUCACGUCAUCACGCGGAACCCGCGCAUCAGUGUCACCCACGAUAAACACGACAAGCACAAAACGUGGUUUCUGCACAUCACCAACGUGCAGGAAGAGGACAAGGGCCGGUACAUGUGUCAAAUCAAUACGGUGACGGCAAAAACGCAGUUCGGCUAUCUGCACGUUGUGGUGCCCCCGAACAUCGAUGACUCCGUUUCGUCCAGCGAUGUGAUCGUGCGUGAAGGUGCCAACGUAACGUUACGCUGCAAAGCAACCGGAAGUCCACCGCCAUCGAUAAAGUGGAAGCGGGACGAUAACACCAAAAUUGCCGUCACUCGCAACAACAGUGUAGUCCUCGAAUGGGAAGGAGAUGUACUGACACUGUCCCGGGUGUCGCGGUACGACAUGGGCGCAUACCUUUGCAUAGCAACCAACGGUGUACCGCCGAGCGUUUCGAAGCGUAUUAAAGUCAGUGUUGAUUUCCCACCAAUGCUGUGGAUAACUCAUCAGCUAGUCGGCAUACCGGUCGGCUACAACGUGACACUAGAAUGUAAUAUAGAAGCUCAUCCUACCUCACUCAACUACUGGACGCGCGAAAACGAUCAAAUGAUACACGACUCCCAGAAGUAUAAAACGGAAACGAUCCCUGGAAAUCCUUCCUACAAGUCAGUGAUGCGACUGCACAUAGGAGAAGUCCAGCACAGUGACUACGGGAUCUACAAAUGCAUCGCUAAGAACCCUCGUGGAGAAGCGGAUGGAAGCAUCCGAUUGUAUUCAUCGAGUCCUCCAACAACGAUACCACCGUCGACCACAGAAAGCAUCACAACAACUGUACCAUCAACGCGAGUGUAUGAAUCGCCGUACGGUUUGUCGACGAUGACGAUAAACCAUUUUGAUAAAGGUAUUCGCUACCAAUCAGAAUACAAUCAGAUCGAUCGUUCUGAGCACAAAUCCAGCGACACCAGUCCCAACCGUGACCGAUCGGUUGAUGAAUCCGCAGAAUCAAAUGGAGCUACUUCAUCAUUCGUCCGGUGGACAACACUUUUCGCGUUUAUCCUGCACCUGCUACUGCUGCUCCACCAGUGACGGUGACUUUCAUCAUUCGGUUCGGUUGGUCGGUCUUACGGCGUGCAGUGAGAGCGCCUUGUUGAGGUGUUGUUUACGUUACGUCCCACAGACGGGUAGAGCGGAAAGCUAGGGCAAUUUUUAUCAUGGUCUCAUGGUUACGUGCAAUAAGCGGCAAUCUAGAGGUAAAGUAGUAGCUAACCGAGAAGCAUUUUGUAUAAGAUUUAUGUAGUUUGUUUUGGAGGGGGCUGCCCUAACGUUUCGCGUACAGGUGUCGUUAAGUUUUGCAGUCGAAUCGGUUGUGUUAUUUCUUUCAGUGUGACAUUGAACCUUGUAUGAAGUAGUGAACAGUGGUCAAAAGUUGGGUUUUUGGAUAUUGUUAAACCGGACGCAACGGGGGAAGGUUCCGUCUUACGCAAGCAAGCAUCUACUUACCGCACCCAAAUGCAGGCACAAAUCGUUGGAUAGUAUGUACAUUAAAUAUGCCUUAAUCUAGAAAGGGGUUAGAAGAAACGAAAAAAAAAAACAUUGCAACACGGCACUGGUCGAUGAGGCAACACCGUGUGCGGCACCGAACAAUCUGUAUGUAGUGUAAAUUUGAAAUAAGCAUUAUUCGCCACGCAAAACGUAAACCGUGUCAGCAGCGUUUAUUUGGAAAAUAUGUUGUUCCCGCAGGCGAGUCCCAUUACCAAUUUGCUCGCCAAUAUAGCAUUAUUUCCUUCCGGGGGCUUUUUGGCAAUGAGUUACUGCUGUUUUAUUGACUCUCGAGAGAACUCCUCGAGAGCCGCUGGGCAAAGAAGCAACAUUUACCAGUCGUGAAAGGUAAAUUGUGUUUUUAUCUCUUGCAAUCUCUCACCGUUCCACUCGUGCUGAUUUUGGGGGACAUUUCACCCUUUUUCUGGAUAUUGGCCCAUUACCAUUGCAACAACGUUCGAAUUUAUGCGGCUGCUUCGCGCGUCUUCUGUUUACGACCGUUGCUGAUUGGCUGAAAAUGGUGAUCCCCAUCCGAGGGUUUGAGGCCAGAAUUGAGUUGCCCGGUUUGCUUCGGUUUGUAGCACACUUCGACCGGGUUUUGCGUUGAUAUGAAUGUUUUAGAAGAACUUAAAAAAGCUAACAACUAACAAGAACCACUGAUAAAAUGCAGGUAAUGGAGGAACAGCUAGUUUUUGCGAGGCAAAUCUUCAAACACAUCAAUUACGGAUUCGUGGUUUCGGGGUGUAGUCGUAGCAAAUCAAUCAAACUAAUCAUAAGCUACUCGUUACAGUACUUCAGCAAAAAGCUCUAUCGGAUGCGGCGUCUAACAAACCGGGGGCUGGGGUCGGUGUUACUGAGAAUCAAACUCGUAUCGUUGUAUAGUAUUUGAACAUACCCCAAAACCUGUAGUACGAAUACGAAACCCGUGUUUUUUGAGUGUGUGUUAAGGAGAGCAUACUUUUUAAAUGAUACGAUGAGCUAAGAAAACACUCACACACACACAGGCACAUAGCCGUUUGUUUCCCGGGAAUGUUCUCGGAGGGCAACAAACAGUGUAGAAGAAUCGGAAUGCAAAAUCAAACAAUAAAUCAAACUUUUGCAACUCGCCCCCCUCUUCCUACUCCCCACAAAACCACCAUUUGCCACAGCGAGCUAGCUAAUCAACGAAGGUAAAACACAGAAACCCAAGGCAAGCGUUUCCAUUGGUGUAUGGUUACCGAAACGAUAUACUGUAAGCUGUAAUCUUAGGUUCUAACUUAGAGCAUUUUGCAAUUGCACCGGUACCGUACCCGUAUCCGCAUCCGGUGGAGUGUGAACGCAUAUACUAAAACAAAAAGGCACAAGCCAAGCAAACAUGAAUACAAAUUACUCGUAAUACUCAGUAGACGCACGCGGUGUGCAUGCGAUAAGUUAAGCGAUACGCACACAUUUGGAAGAAGAAGAAGAAGGAGAAAACAUCACAAACAAACACCGUUGCAAGCUAAACCAAAAGUAAAACUCUAAAACAGUAAUAUAUUGCAAACCAAACCAAAAGAAAGCAACAAAUAAUUGUUUCAUAGCUAGAAGAAAUAUGCGUAAAGUGCGAUACAAGAAAAUGGCAAAUGUUAUCAGAAUGUAUAAAUUCAAACACUCACCCAAAAGGAAACCGUUGGAGAGGCAAGGCGUAGGCAGGCGAGCAAGCGAGCAAGUGCACAACAAAAACAAGCAGUGGACAGUGAAACAUAAACAGAACUGAAAUAUAUAUAAAUAUAUUUUGCUUUACAAAAGCGGCAAAAAACGG